AUGGCCACCUGGCGGCGGGACGGCCGGGUGACCGCCCUGCAGCGGCUGGGCUGCGCCGGGCUGGCGGGCGCGCUGAGCCUCAGCCUGACGGCGCCGCUGGAGCUGCUGACGGUGCUGGCGCAGGUGGGCACCUGGCACUGCCGGCGGGGGCUGCGCGGCGCCGGGCAGAGCCUGUGCCGCGCCGAGGGCGUGCGGGCCCUCUGGAAGGGGAACCUCACCGCCUGCCUGCGCCUCUUCCCCUACAGCGCGCUGCAGCUCGCCGCCUCCCGCCGACUUGUUAUACUUUUCACGGAUGAGUUGGGUCAUAUCUCCCACUGGAGAGCCAUCAUGGCAGGGAGUCUGGCUGGCAUGGUUGCAACCAUCGUGACUUACCCCACUGACGUAAUUAAAACACGGCUCAUUGUGCAGAACCGACUGGAACCAUCUUAUGAAGGAAUUCUUCAUGCUUUUUACAAAAUUUAUCAUCAAGAAGGACUCCUUGCACUCUAUCGUGGCGUUUCACCAGCUAUAUUAGGUGCUGUCCCAUUUUCUGCGGGCUCAUUCUUUGUUUACAUCAAUCUGGACAAAAUCUGGCGAGAACCCAUAGUUAAUUUCACGCCUCUUCAGAACUUCAUAAAUGGCUGUGUCGCAGCUGGCGUGGCACAGACACUUUCUUUCCCCUUUGAGACUGUCAAGAGGAAGAUGCAGGCACAGAGUCCUUGGCUUCCCCACUAUGGAGCAGUUGAUGUCCAUUUUACUGGCAUGGCUGACUGUUUCCGCCAAACUGUGAAGAACAAAGGUGUGCUUGGACUUUGGAGUGGACUCACACCCAGUCUGCUCAAGAUUGUCCCAUACUUUGGUGUUAUGUUUAGCACCUUUGAAUUCUGCAAGCGGGUCUGUCUGUACAGAAACGGUUAUAUUGAAUCUCCUUUAAAUUACAAGCUAACUCCCGGUGUGGACCAGAGUUUACAGCCACAAGAACUGAGAGAAUUAAAGCUCCUCCGAAGGGAAAAUUUUGAGUCAAGGAAAUCAGCUCUUGAAAACUGACAUCAGUGUCCACUGCAGAUAUACACGCUACCUUUCUUAAGGAACUUUGCAAGAAAGUCAUGCUGAACUACGGGUACCAGCGUCUCAGCGGAUUGCAUGGGUUUAGUACUGAGACAUCAGUGCCAGGAAUGAAUGAAUCUUGUAUCUCAUUUGCUGAAUGGAUAUAAACAAUAUGAAUAGCAAGCAUAUACUGAAGAGGAGAGAUGCAACUAGUUUGAAAACACUGUGCUAUUGGAACUUGAAAUUACAUUAUUCUAGGUGCUUUUCAAUACUGAAUAGCCAUUUUGAGAUAAAACCAGAAAGGCAAGAGAACUGAGAUGAGAGUAUAAAUUGUAUCUUCAAAAAUAUUAAGAAAAUUCAAAUGGAUUUUUUUUUAAGUAAUCUGAGAUACUGAGUCAGCCAAAAAUGAUAAACAGACUAGAAUACAUACAACAUGCAAGAAUUUCUACUGACAUAUCUUUUUUUUAGUGGUACAGUGUGGACGUGACAAUCUGCGGAUGAAUUAGAAUUAGUCUCAGUUCAGUCACACUCCAGAAUCCGCCCUUCAGUUUUUGAGACUUACUUGAGAAUAAUAAUUUUGUAUGAAUCUUUGGUGUAAAGACGAAAAUAUGCUGCUACAACUGUGCUUUUGCUCGGAGAGGAUUGUAAUGUGCAAAAUGAACUGUAAUACACUGGAAUGACAAUCUUGCAAACUUAAGUGCAUACUAGAAAAUCUUCCCCCCUUUCUCCUGUGUUGUUACUGCAUGUACGUGAAUUAUUUCAGGCUUUGAAAAACAGUUUUCCUGAAGUUCUCUAACUGAAAUAUUUCCUGAAAAAUGUGGUUCUUAAAUGUGUUAGAUAUUGCAGAGCCACAAGCCUUGUCACAUUGUUUUGGUAUUCUUAGAGCACUAUUUUUAUAUUAAACUACUUUUUAGUUCCCAUGCACAGACCCAGGCCUACUGUGCACUGUGUUGCUCAGAACUUGCCAGCAGAAUAGCACUGUGCACACAGCCUGUGAUUUUUCCACUUUAACUGCCAUGAUCCAGGAGCCACAGGUAGUUUCUGUAGUUAGGAACCUCUCUGCGAGACCACUAGGUUAUUGCCAGUGCCAAGGUAAUCAAUACACCUCUGACCAGCCUAGGGAGCUUUUGGGCAAUAAAAGAUCAUCUUGGUAUUAUACCUGAGGACCUGCAGUAUAGCUCCGGUUCCUUUUUAGAAGUACAGCUAUGGAACAGCCCCAUCCUAGUGCCUUCUGAUAGAAAACCUUGAACCCCGUGUUCACGUGCGAAGGCGGCUCUGCCCUCUGCGGCAUGUCCCACCAGCCUUGGCUGUGGCAAUGUGUGAA